GUGGAAGCUUCAGAAACUCGUAGCAGCAGUAGUGACGAACUUAACAACAUCAAGGAUGGAGAAAUAAGUAUUUUGAGACCUAAAGAAGUGAAUAACAUAAUUACAAGGUUGAUGCAGGCAGUUCCAGAAAAGACUACUCAUCAACCACUUGUGUAUAUUGGAAACACAAUAAGAAUGAAAAGAAGACAGAGACAACUACAGCAAGAAGCUGCAGUUGGAACACCUAAGUUAGAAUUAUUUUGGUCACCUAUGAUAAAUAGACAUAUGAAUAUAGAUGAUGAUGGUAUGAGUAAUACAAUCAGUUCAGAUAGUGAUUCUGAAACUUUUAGAAGUAAUUUUGAAGUUGAAACUGUUGAAGAUCAUAAUAUCAUGUCUUUAGAAAACUUGAACCAUGCCAUUAAACAAUUGAAAAAAGAAAUCAAGCAUGAUAAAUAUAGUAAGGUGUUUCGUCUUGUAGAGUGUAGCCAAAAAAGAAUUGAGGCAAGCAUCAUCGUGGCAGAAACAGCUGAGAAAGGUGUUUAUCAUGCUCAUGAAUUGGCAAACCAUGUGAAUGAAACAAUACUUCUGAAUCUUUGUUUCAAUUCAUCACCAACAAUAUUCAUAAGAACAGCCAAAAACUGGCUAAAAAUAUUUGGGUUUGAGUAUUCAGAAGUUAAAAAAGAAAUGUAUAUGGAUGGGCAUGAGUAUGUGGAUGUAGUGGCUUAUCAUGAAAGAUUUUUGGAAAAAAUAGCAGAAUUCGAAGCACAUAUGGUAGUUUUUUCUGCUUAUAAUAGAAGAUGUUGGUUGUGGUUGCCAAAAGGGGAGCAACCACUUCGCAAAAAAGGCCAAGGGUGGUCAGUUCAUAUAAGUGAAUUUCUCACAGAUAUUGGUGGGCGUUUAGCAUUACGUAAGGAGAAUAAGAUUGCUUUUUCUAACCUUCCAUUAGAAGUGUAUGUUGUAACUUAUCUAGGUAAAGAUGGUGAUAGAUGGUGGAACUCAGAUGAUCUUGUAGAUCAGGUGAUAAACUGUGCAAUUCCAAUAUUUGAAGCUCGGUUUUUAGGUGCAAAGGCUCUUUUUGCAUUUGAUAAUGCAACUGGUCAUUGUGCAUAUGCCAAAGAUGCCCUUUUAGCAAAGAACAUGAAUUUAUUCUUUGGUGGAAAACAACCAAAAAUGAGAAAUACUAUGUAUGGAGAUAAUAUUCCGCAAGAUAUAUGCUUUCCUGAAGAUUAUGAAGAUUCUGAUCUGUGUGGUAAACUAAAAGGUCUAAGGCAGGUAUUGAGUGAGAGAGAAUUGUGGUGUGAUGAAAUGAAAUUGAAAUGUAAAGGGGGAUGUGAACAAGAAUUAACUGACUGCUGCACUAGAACAACAAUGGCGAACCAACUAGAUUUUAGAGCACAACAUGGAAAAAUUAAAGAAAUGAUUAUUUUCGCAGGUCAUGAAGUUAUUUUUAUCCAAAAUUCCAUUGAAGGUUUGAAAAAAACUGUGCCACAAGCUCUUGAAUCAGUAUCUCUUACUGAAAUUAGGCGAUAUGCUCAGAAGUCUUUUAGAUAUAUGGAUGUGUAUCAUAAAGGUCUAACAGAAAAACCUGCAGAAUGUGUUGUGAGAAAAUAUCAGUCACACUGUCGUGUUCCAGAUACAAUUUUAAAUGAGAUUAACACAUUGGAAUUUAACAAAUAG